AUGCAUUCAAUGAUCAUUUACUUGAUUAUUUUUUUCUCUUAUAUUGUGUUUGCUGACCAAUAUACUAUGGUUGGAACAAACUCUAAUUUCCUUGAGAAGACUAAUUGGAAUCCUCAACACUCUGGUGACUUUACAACUUCAGAUGACUUGGUUCUUCCAAUAGAAGGUUUCUUUAGUGUUUCCUCUUUGAGAGUAAAUAAAAUUAUAGUAUCUGCUGAUAUUGAUUUGACAGUUGGAGUACUUAUAGUGAAUGAUAUUGAAGAUAUAAGUAAUAAAACUUUUAUUGUUAGAGGAUUAACUACAAUCACUGGUUCUUGCUCAGGAGUUGUAAAGAUGAGAUCUCUCAAAGGAACAGUUACAAAUAAUGGGUAUCUUCUUGUUCAAGCAACAGAGUCUCUUGUUGUUGUUAACUAUGGAACAUUGGAAGUGGGAAAUUUUGAGUCUGGUGAUUAUAGUAUUUUUACUAUGGAUGUUGAGAGUUAUGGAGAUAUUAUUUAUUCAAAACUAAUUCAUGAAUCUAAUUAUUUUAAUUGUUUUGGAGGCAGUAUCUCAUUUGAAAUAACAUUACUUCAAAUAGUAGUUAAUCUCAAAGAUACAAAAAUUUUAACUAAUAUGGAAAUCACAGUGAAAUCGACUAUUAAUAAUUGUACUGGAAAGGAAUUAUCUAUAAAAGGAGAAAGUGUAACUAUAACAGACAGUAAGUUUACAAAUGUAGAAGUUAUUGACACCCAAAUAAAUUCUUGGAGUUUAGAGUGUAUUUCAUUAUCUCUUUCACAAACUACUGGACCUCAAAAAAAUGAAAUAAAAGAUUCUAUCAUUACUUCUCAGAAUGUGGUGAUUAAUGGAAAUUGGGAUAUAGUCAACUCUCAGAUUGGAAGUGUUACAACAAUAUCAAAUGCACAAAUAUUAAUGGAUGACAAUUCUCUCUUCUUUGGUAUUUUAACUAUGGAAUUAACAACAAUCAAUCAAAUAUUCUACAAUGGAACUAAUUUGACUACAUCUUCAUGUACUAUUGAUUAUGUAAAAUGUACAUCAACAUUUAAUUACAUCUCUACUACAAUCAACAAUUUAGAAUGUUAUGAAGGAUGUAUUUUAGAUUAUAUAUCAAUAACUUCUCUUUAUAUCUAUCAUAAAGAAUGCUCAAUUAAAACACUUAGAGCACAAAACAUCAUUGAACAUACUGAUGAAUGGGUUUUACCAACAGAUUUAACAGUUUCAAAAUCUAUUGAUUGUCCUGGUUAUUUGGUUUGCUAUUCUACUUGUUCAUUUGUUUCUACUGCUUCAUCUGUAAGUGAUUUGAAUUUUAAAGAAGGGAAAAUAUCAUUAUCUUUCUCAAUUGUCAAUUUAAUAAAUAUUGUAUCAACUUCAAGCACAACUAUUAAAAGUAUUGGAAAAACAACAGACUUAUAUUUAACCAUUAAAAAUAAUAUAUUAACAUGUGAAUCACUUAUUAAGAGUCUUGUAGCAAUUAACUCUUCUGUAACUUCAUAUGGAAAUAUAGAAACUUUAAAAGGUAUUAAUUCAACGUUUUCAAUACAGAAUAUCAAUAACAAUAUUAUAUUGGAAAAGAUUGUUGGUUGUCAAUUCACAACAAAAAUUAUUGUAGUAUCAGGAACACCAGUUAUUAAAAAUUCUUCAUUUGUAUUUCUCAGUAUUUCUUCUUCGAAUCUUAUAAUUGAAGACUCUGUUAUUACUUCAACACUAGAGUUAAUUUCAAUAACAGUAACUGGAAGCUGUACAACAAGCUCAUUCACUUUUGAUGAUAUUUUAAUGAAUAAAUUUACAAUGACGUUGUCUUCAUGUCUAUCAAAAUACACUGCCACCAGAUUAAACUCUGUUGAUUCUUCAUUUAUCAUUCCAUGCAUCACUAGAUUAUCAACUAUAGAUAAUGAAUUAAAUGUUGACUUAAUACUCAAUGGAGAUUCAUACAUUGGAUAUGGAACAACUUUAAUAUCAAAAACAGUUACAAAUUAUGGAUUAUUGAAAAAUUACGGAACACUGAACGUUUCAGAAUUUAUCUCUUGUUCCGAUAAUUCUCAAAUAUUAGGAAAUGGAGAGAUUUUCUGUGAUCAAGCAGCCGUUAAUAGCCUCUCUGAAAAUACUAUAAAAACGACUAUUUUAAAUAUCACAGCAGAUGAUAUAACAUUAACUAAAGUAACUUUUAAUGAAAAUGGACAAUUGAAUCAAAACAAACACAACAUAACAAUUAAAGAAUUAAUAAUAGAAAAUGGACUUACUAUUAUAAAAACUUCUGGGUUUAUAGAAAAUCAUUUACUGGUUGGGAGAGGCAAAAUUUUUGGAGACUUAGUUACUUUUAACUCUGUUAAAGAAGUACUAACAUCUGUUCAUUCAAUAAAUAUUCAUUAUGUUCGUUCUUCUGUUGAAAUAACUGAUUGUUCUAUUGAUACUCUUAAUAUAAAUAAAGUAAAUGCACAAAUUACAACUAGUAUGUUCAAUUCGUUAUAUUCAAUGUCAUCAAACAUUUCAAUUAAUGGUAAAAUACUUAUUGGAACAUUACAAUUAUAUGAAACAGAAAUAGAGGAGUUUGGAGAAACAAAUAUGGUUGAAAUUAGUUAUUUUUUAAAUGGAUUUAGUAAUAUUAAUGUACCUAUUUCUAUAACAUCUAGAAUUGAAGGUACUUUUACAUUCAAGAAACCUGUUAAGUUAAAAAAUAUUCACUCACCAAAAAAUUACGAAAUUACUUCAGAGUCAUUACUAGAAUGUGAAGGUUCUAUUGAUUCUUUUUCAUUUAAAAUAAUUAAUAAAGGAACAAUGGUAAUUUCAGAGGAUUGUCAAGUUUCUGUUAUUCUUAAUAAUAAAAAAGAGCUUAUUGUUCAAAAUACUAAAAUAAUCAGAACAACUAUCAUAAAUGAUGGAAUUGCUACAUUUGUAAAUGUUACAGCACCAUUAACAUCUAUCACAAGUUCAUCUUCAAUGUCAUUUUCUAAUAUUAGUGAACUGAAUAGUAUUCAUCUAUUAACUGAUUCUAUUACAAAUAUGAAAGGAGACGUGAGUACCUCAUCAUUUUUAUGUGAGGGGAAAUACUCUGUUGACGCUAAUGCAACUUUAGAUUUUACAACAUCAAGUCUGAAGAAAUGUAUUAUUGAAUUUCCUAAACCAGUAUAUCAUCUUCAUUUGACUACACCAACACAAACAACUCCAUAUUUUGUAAGUGUUACACCAAAUAAAUUACCAAUUGUUGGAGAUUCAUUCUAUCUCAUUUCAUGUGAUAGUCAACCAUUCCCUGAUAACCCUUCUUCAGAAGUUAGUGGUGUUGAUAGAUUAGCAUUAUCGCGUGAGUUGGAUAGUAAUUCGUAUAAUAUUUCAAUAAUAAAAUGUCCAUCAGGAUCUUCAUACAUUCUUAGUUGUAUUGAAUGUAAAGAUGGUGAAUAUCAAAUUGAAGAUGAAUGUUAUAAAUGCCCUCCAGGAACAUACUCUGAUAAAUAUAAUUGUAUCCCAUGUUCAGAAGGGACAUAUAGUAUCUUAUCAUCUUCAAUAUGUCUAGUUUGUGGAAAUGGUAUGUGGUCAUACAUUAGUUCUUCUGGGUGUUAUUCGUGCAAAUCUGGGUAUUAUAAAAACAGUACAAUGGGUUGUGUUCCAUGCACUCAAAACACUUGGAGUAAUGAAGGAGCAGAUGAAUGUAUAGAAUGUGAUAAAGGGAUGAUUACAAUAGAUCAUAUUACAUGUGUUAAGAAUGAAACAAAUUCAAGUGAUUGUGAGGAUGGAUUUUAUUUUGAUAACAGUGAAUGUGUUGAAUGUGAAAAUGGGUUUGUUGAAUUUAAUAAAUGCAUUCAAUGUAAUGAUGGUGAAGAGUUGAACGAAGAGAAGACAGCUUGUAUUGUUUAUUCAAAAAAUCAAUGGAUACUUUAUGUACUAUCAUUUUUAAUAUUUGCUAUUGUAUUGAUCAUGUUUUGUCUGAUGCUGGCAUUCCAUAUUUCAAAUUAUUAUAAAGAAAAAAGAAGAGAGUUGGAACAAAAGAAAUUCGUAGAAGAAAUGUUUACAAUCCAAAAAUCUCCUUCAGAAGAAGAAGAUAUUUCAGUUAAACAAAUGACACCAGACGAAUGGCUAUACCCUGAUUCAAGUAUUACUGUCAAUGGAAACUUUGACGCAUUGAAUAAAAUAAAGGAAGAUAAUUUCUUGGAAAGAUAUCACUUAUAUAGAAGUGGUCAAAUGAAUGAAAAACAAAAACAAGAAUUUUCAGAAGAAAUUAAAAUAAAAGAACAAAAAAUGAAAGAUUAUUGCAAUAAGUCUAAUAGUGGAAAUAAUAAAGAAGAAAAUAGUGAAAAGAACAUACAAACUACAUGCAAUUCAGAAAUAGAAUUGGAAAAUGAAAAUCAAGAAAGUAAAGUUCAAGAAGAAAAAGAAGAAACAAUAAAAGUUCCUGAAGAACUACAAAUAGAUCUUGAACAAAAAGAGGAAACACCUGAAGAGGAUCAAACAGAAAAAGUAACUGAACUCCAGCCAGAGUCACUACCUGGUAACCAACAAAUAAAAACAAGAAAUGAUAUUUCUUCUAAAGCUGAAAUUACAAUUGCAUUAAAUGAAAUUAAUAAAUUAAAAGAGAAGUAUGAAAAAGAUCUAAUGAACGUGAAAUCUAUGGUAAGGUCAUUAACAUAUGAAAAUAAUGAGACAAAAGAGAAACUUAAAGUUCUUGAAAAUGACAAAGAGAAUAAAAACCAACAAGAACUUAAAGAACGAAAAAAAGCUAUUCUAAACCGUGCAGGAAUUGAUGGUGGAAGUAGAGUCCAAGAUAUUUUAAUUUCAGGAGUUAAUCCAAGAUUUAUUCCAUUACCUGAUCCAAAUGGUAAAAGUACUAAUUAUUUAAAAUAA